UAUUCAGCUAAUUAUACGCGGUAUCAUGGAUUGUAUGAACGUAUGCGUCAUUAUGGACAUAGUGAGGCAACAGUUCGGACAAUAAUGCGUAAAUGGGUAUCCAUAAACUCGAAAAUAUCGCUUUUAUGAGAUAAGAUGAAAUUUUAGCUAAAAGUGCCGCUAGUAGGUUAGAAAUUCCACGUAACAGGUAUUUUUUAUCGCAGAGUGUAAGUAAGUCGAAGUGACGAUACUUAUCUAGUGCUGAACAAGCAUUGCAAUGACGACGGAUCCCAUUGAACCACCUCCAGAAUACGAGUCUGAUGACGUCAACAAACCGAGUAGGUUUAGUGAUGAUGAAGUUGAAACUGAGAUUGAAGUUGAAACUCAGGAAAAUGAUAAUGAAGCCCAAAAGAAGAAAAAACGAAGAAAGAAAAGAUCGCAAAAGACUAAACAAGAUGCUACAAACGAAAACGGGAUAGUGGAAGAAAAGAAUUCAGAAAAAGCGGAUCUUCGAAAGACUCUUUCAAACCCCUCAGAAGACAGCGAGUCAUUGUCGAACGAAAGCCUCUCGAAACGAAAAUCACUCAAACAGAAGUUUUACCGCUUUCGCGCCGCACCUUUUCUCUUCCUGAUUGGUUGCAAAAUAUGCGUUCUUCUCCCGAUCGCGAUUUAUGCUUGUGACGUAAUAAUCGCGAUGAAUACACCAGAAUACAAUGCACUUGACUUGUUCCACCACCCGAAGAACAACGCAACGUCGUUAGAGCUUCCACCGAACCCAUAUAAAACAGCUGAUUUUCCAUAUGAUAAAACUAUCAUGAAAUUGCUGUACCGAGUUGAAAACGAAAACAGGAUUGCCAGGAUGCAACAUGAACACAACAUACGGUACAGAACAGCAGUUUUAGUAACUGCGGCAAAUGCUACUGGCAACGAAACCGUUCCAACACUGCAACGGGAUAUAAUGACAACAGAAGGUACUCCAGUAACUGUGACAGCAACAGCAUCUGGUGUAUUGGUUUCGUCAUCAACAUUUUCGAUUACGUCAUCGGUCGCUGCUACUGUGCCCACACCAGAGUCUACUACGUCAUCAACCACUUCUACUACGUCAUCAACCACUUCUACUACGUCAUCAACUACUUCUGCUACGUCAUCAACCGCCGCACCCACGUCAGGAAGCACUGAUGACACGACGACACAGAUGUUGCAAGUUAAUUACACAAGCAAAGCAUCUACUGUAACAAGUAUUUCCAAUUUAACAGCAACAGCAACAGAAGCAACAGUAACAGCAACAGCAACAGCAACAGCAACAGCAACAGCAACAGCAACAGCAACAGCAACAACCGAAUCAGGGACAACACAAACAACUGAAGUUUCGAACCAGUUUUCAACUCGUGAAUCAAUCGGUCAAAACAGUUCAACAACAACAACAACAACGGGUUCAACUCCAACAGCAAACUCCACAGCAUCGGUGAGUGAGAGAAACGUGACCACGACUACGGUUAACCAGGAGAAAACAACAUCUUUAUAUACUGCGGUAAAGCAACGGAACGGUUACUGCGAAGAUGUGUCUUUCUUCUACCGUAAGCACCAAGAGACUUAUGCAACCGAGAAGAAAGAUUGGCUGCAAACUCGGUACCAACUUUUAAAGAUGUCCCAACAAGCUAUGUUUUAUGUCUUCGUUAUUGGUGGGUUCCUGCUUCUAAUGACUUCUAUUGUGAUGAGAAGUGAAAUGCUUCUUAACAACAGGUGGUCGUCAUUCAUUCUAAUUCACUUCAUAUUCUACUCCAUCUCAACUUGUAUAUCUGCACAUAUGUUCACCCUCUUAUCAAGUAGAGAAGGCAUACGGUGCUUCCUUUGUAGGUGCUUAAGUUAUUGUACCAACAUAGACCCGUGGUAUCUAGGACCGGAUGGAUAUUUUCCAAAUGGCAUCAACGUGACGCUUGUCAUAUUCAUCAGCUACAUUCUAAAAGUGUACGACAGCUUUAUUAUCGCUAUUGUGACGUUGACGUAUACCAUCGACCCAGAGGAGGACCGUUGGUGGCAUAUGAUUUGGAAAGUUUUUGGAUGGUUGAUUUUAUUUCCUGUCAUCAUAUUUGCACCUUUGGUUGGAGUCAUCAAGUAUGAAGUGUUACCGGUUACAGUUGACUACGAAGGAAACGAAGCGGCUUACUUGGCAAUGGAAAUUCUGUUUUGGAUCGGAGUUGGAUUAUGGGGCAUCAUGCUCAUUGCUGUUCCAAUCUUCUGCAAACUCCGGAUGUGCAACAACACUGAGGAGGAAGAAGAAGAAGAAUACUGAAUGAAAUAUUUCCGUUUGUAUAAUUUUGGUGAUCGUGAAGCACAGAGUAGUGACAAAAAAAUUGAAUAGAAUGAAGAAAAUAUGGAUGCUGAUAUAAUGUUAACUGUCAGUUUAAGCUUCUCUUUGAUCGAAAGAAGAAUUAUUGAAUUAAAAACACACGGACGAUAAGAAAUUGCACACAAACGCAUCAAUUAACACACUGGCGCAUUUGAAACUAUGUCAUUAUGACAUCACAGAAGAUAAAAUGCUAAAAGCUGAUGCAGCAGGUGGCGCAAGUGGGUUGGUUCACGACCUUAUGAUUAGAUCACCAUGGAAGUACGCAGAGAAAUAGAUUAGGCUUUUUCUACAAAAGGAUUUUU